GGUCUGGCCCGUCAACAGGACGUCAGCAAGGAGGCGCGUCAGAAUGCAACCAGCGCGGUGAAGCAGAUCGCCAACGAGAUGGCAAAGCUUCUGGAUGGUGUAAAAUGCGUGAGGCGAGAUGUUGCUGAGAAAUUUCUCGGCCGUCAUGUCGCCUUCCAUCAUCACUAUCUGCCCGGCUACGGUAAAGAAGGCAGUAGCGCUGGAUCGACACGUUUCGCCAGCCACCAGACAAGUUGCCUGCAGAUGCGCUUGGAUUCCGUCGGACGUGUUGUGGUCGGUGAGGGGGCCUCCAGUGAAGCUGAGAAGCGAAUAGACGCUGCUUUACAGCGUCUAGAAGAUGGUCUCAACCAGGCCAGAACUCAUGAGCAGGCCAACACACCUUCGGUGCAGCCAAUUCUGUCAAUGACGAAGUCUAUUGCACUGGCAGCACGGGAGUUCAUUCAGGCCGUUCGAUCCUCUUCCGGAGCUGGCGAGACUCCAAAGACACCGCGAUCGAACUCAGAAGCCGCCACUCUGGGUCGUUCAGUGAGUCCUAACAUGCUCAUCAUGUCCACUAUGCUUACCAGCUAUCUGAUUUACGAAUAUAUGUCAAUAUUCGAGUUACCCGAACUUUCCGUUGCCAUGGCGACAGAGUACCUCUGCGAGUUGGCGCGUUUCUGUUCAGCCUCCCGUCCCGAGGGUCCCACUGCUGCCCCCAAGAUCGAUACGCAGGCCAAGAUUCAGACGGAACAGGCUGCAUUAGAGGACUUGCAGCACCAACUGGAGGAACUAAAUAGACAACAAGCAGUUAUUCAAUCCGACUGUCCGACCGACCAACUGUCAAGCCACUUCUAA